UUGAAAAAAGAGAUUUUAUCCUCAUUUCUAUAUCUUGGUAGAGAUACCAUACUCUAUUGAAGACAUGAUUAUUAAUGAAACAUCUUUGAGCCAAAAAAAAAAAAAGAAAAUCAUAGUUAUUAUUGUGGGAGUAAGGAAAUAUAUUAUAAUUACUUAAUUGACCAUUUCUUAACAUGAACACCAAAAACAUCUUCCACUCCCCUCGUUCUCUUCACACGACAAAAAACACUCAAUCUCAAACGGGCACAUAAGAAACACAACUAUGUGUACAUUAGAGAAAAGAGGUUCACUGUUCAUUUUAACCCUAACAAGCCACGACGACGAACAACACCGUCUGAACCCCACACUCCUCUCUUCCAUCCUCACCGCCAUUUCAAAAGUCAACUCCCAAGCCACCGUCGGUUCCGCCCUCGUCACCACCGCGCACGGAAGAUUCUUCUGCAACGGUUUCGAUUUCCGGUACGCUCAAGCCGCCGGGAGUCAGAGCGAAGCCCGCAUCCGCCUCCGCCGUAUGUCAGACUCUCUCCGCCCGGUAAUCGCGGCGUUGUUCUCCCUGCCGAUGCCGACAGUCGCCGCCGUCUCCGGUCACGCUGCAGCAGCCGGACUUAUCCUCGCCAUGGCGCACGACUACGUCCUCAUGAGGAGCGACCGCGGAGUACUCUAUAUGCCGGAGGUGGACCUCGGAAUCACGGUUCCCGACUACUUUGCCGCCGUGGUGACGGCGAAGAUUGGGCCGGCGAUGGCGCUGCGUGAUGUUUUGUUGAGGGGGAUGAAGGUUAGGGCGAAGGAAGCGGUGGAAAUGGGGAUUGUGAACACGGCGCACGAUAGUGAGGAUGGGACAGUAGAGGCUGCAAUGCGCAUGGGGGAGGAGUUAGCAAGGAAGAAGUGGGUGGGUGACGUUUAUGGUGAAAUCAGGAAGAGAUUGUAUCCUCAAGUUUGUGGUGUUUUGUGUUUAACUCUCCAACCCAUUGUUUCUAAGAUAUGAUCAUUUGUUUUGUAAGGAAACAUGUAUAAGCAACAAAUAAUCUACCAAGUAUGAAAUGUAAUGUGAUCAUUGAUAUGUAACAUACGAAUAGGAAAGAGGGAGAAAGGAAGAAAAAACAAAUAUUUAUAUCGAGAUUUUAUGGAGUAAUAACAUAAUUUUUUUUAUAAAAAA